GGUUUGACACAAUAAUGUAAGUAUUUUUUCCUCAGUAUUUUCCUAUAGAAUGCAAUAAAGAGGAAAUAAGAGGCAUGUUUACCAAAGUUAUUACAGUUUCUGGUUCGAGAGGCAAAAAUAUGUAGAAUAAAAUAUUUCUUUAAUCAUUAAAAUAUUGGUUAAAAAAUUUAUUUAAUAUAUAUUCUCGAAUAUAUUUGAAUGAAUAUAUUGAAUCUUGUUUGAAAUACGCGCUAAUAUGUUGCCAUAUUGAUUUCUAAUAUAUCCGGCAUCCGUUUGAUAGCGCUGAGGAAUAUUAACGUAAAUAUUUGUGUUUAUAAAAGGAAAAGAAGCUAACUGAUAUUUUAGAAUUGCGAUUGUGUCAGAGAUAUGUAAUUUUAAGCUCUUAUGAAGCUUAUCACGAGCGCAAUGGCAUCCACGAACGAGUUCGGUCCAGAUUCUGGUGGUAGAAUAAAGGGAGUCACCAUAGUCAAGCCUAUAGUUUACGGAAAUGUGGCACGUUACUUUGGCAAAAAGAGAGAGGAGGAUGGACACACGCAUCAAUGGACCGUGUACGUCAAGCCAUACAAUAACGAGGACAUGUCCAGCUAUGUGAAGAAGGUGCACUUUAAACUGCAUGAGAGUUACAACAACCCUAAUCGGAUUGUGACGAAGCCGCCUUACGAAUUGACGGAAACUGGUUGGGGAGAAUUCGAGAUAGUCAUCAAGAUCUACUUUCACGAUCCGAAUGAACGUCCUGUAACGGUAUAUCACAUAUUGAAAUUGUUUCAAUCAACACCUGAAAUACAGAUGGGGAAGAAAAGUCUAGUGUCCGAAUUUUAUGAGGAGAUAGUCUUUCAAGAUCCAACAGCAUUGAUGCAACAUCUACUGAGCUCCACUAGACCAAUAACGCUUGGAGUUUGGCGGCACAAUACAGACUUUGAAGCAUUGAAAGAAUCCACAAUGAAAGACAUUUUAGAGGCUCGCAACAAGAUAAGACUCGAGGUGAUAGAGUUGAAAGAAAAAUUGACUCUGGCGAAAGAGACUAUUGCAAAAUUCAAGGACGAGAUUGCAAAGAUUUCCAAAGCUGGUGGGAAUUUAUCCGUGGCAUAGUAGAUAAUUGCUCUCGAUUCAAGAUGAAAAUACUGAUCUCGACAUAAACUAUAUUUAUUGAGCUAUUUCAACAGAUUUAGGAUCCUUUUUCAUGUAUAAAAUGUAUAUAAUUUUAUAAUCAACUAUAAAUUUUAUUCUAAUUAAUUUUAAUUAUUAACAAGCAAUUUUAAUAAUAAGAAUUUUUAUUACAUUGUAUCCAUUGUAUCCAACCUUGCUGAUAAGAUAAAAUGUCAUCUGUUUUACAACAUAAUCAGUUAGUAACACAUGAUAAAGUUUAUCUUUAAUUUCAAAUUUUUUAUGUAAUUUUUAUGCUUUAAUUUAUUUAAUUUAAAAAGAUGUAUUGCAAAAGAAAAUUAUCAUCUUAAAAAAUUUACAAGGUGGACACGAACUUAGUGUUUCCAUAAUGACCAUUUUAAUGUUGUAAUACUUAAAUCCUUCCACUUUAUAAGGAUUAAAAGCACUGGUCGUGAUGUAAUUAUAUGCAAAUAAAGAAAUGUGCCAGAUUCG